UUCCGCUGACCACGUGAUUGACGGACAGCGGGGAGCUGGGUGAGGUCCCAGCCUAUGACGUGGGCGCGUAAACACGGGAAAGGGCGAACACGGACAUCGGUGUGUGUGGUCGAUCGAUCCGGAUCAGUCCGGUGGUCUGACAGUGAUCUGGGGUCUACUGAAAACAUCAAAGGGGAUCAGCUGUGCUUCAUUUUGCAGUGUGUGGUUGGGCGGAGGAGGGAUGCGUUGCCUGGUAACAGAGACCGGAGUGAGGAUGAAAGCAGGCCAACCGUCGCUCUGAGUGAACGUCUUCCGCCGUAACGGUCCACAUUUUCUUCUUUUAACAGAUGCGUGCCUGUAGUCCGCGUUGAGGGUGAAGCUGCCGUCAUGCCGUGUACAUGUGCAGAGUGGAGGAGGUGGAUCCGCCCGCUGGUUCUGGUGCUUUAUGCCCUCCUGCUGAUCGCCGUGCUGCCGCUCUGCAUCUGGGAGCUGCAGAAGGACAAAGUCGGCACUCACAGUAAAGCCUGGUUCAUCGCUGGCAUCUUUGUGUUUCUGACCAUCCCGAUCUCGCUGUGGGGGAUCCUGCAGCACAUGGUGCACUACACACAGCCUGAGCUGCAGAAGCCCAUCAUCAGGAUACUGUGGAUGGUACCGAUCUACAGUUUGGACAGUUGGCUGGCCCUUCGAUAUCCCAACCUGGCCAUCUACGUGGACACGUGCAGGGAGUGCUACGAGGCCUACGUCAUUUACAACUUCCUGGUUUUCCUGCUGAACUUCCUGAGUAACCAAUACCCCAGCCUGGUGCUCAUGCUGGAGGUCCAGCAGCAGCAGCCACAUCUGCCCCCGCUGUGCUGCUGCCCACCAUGGCCCAUGGGAGAGGUGCUGCUGUUCAGGUGUAAGCUGGGAGUCCUGCAGUACACUGUGGUCAGACCAGUUACCACAGUGAUAGCGCUCAUCUGUCAGCUCUGUGGGGUUUAUGAUGAAGCAAACUUCAGCUUCAGAAACGCCUGGUCCUACCUGGUCAUAAUCAACAACAUAUCACAGCUGUUUGCCAUGUAUUGUCUGGUGUUGCUCUAUCGAGCUCUCAGGGAGGAGCUGAUGCCCAUCAGGCCUGUGGGGAAGUUCCUCUGUGUCAAACUGGUCGUGUUCGUCUCCUUCUGGCAGGCAGUUUUAAUAGCACUGCUGGUGAAAGUUGGUGUGAUCUCUGACAAACACACCUGGGACUGGGACAGCGUGGAGGCCGUGGCUACUGGUCUGCAGGACUUCAUCAUCUGCAUAGAGAUGUUUCUGGCUGCCAUCGCUCACCACUAUACCUUCACCUACAAGCCCUAUGUACAGGAAGCAGAGGAGGGGUCGUGUUUUGACAGCUUUUUGGCCAUGUGGGAUUUCUCUGAUAUCAGAGCUGAUGUCAGUGAGCAAGUCCGCCAUGUUGGCCGGACGUUCCUGGGUCGUCCCAACAAGAUGUAUUUCGGUGCUGCGGCUCGACCCGAGCACACUGAGCACACCGGCCUCCUCGCAGCCACCUCGCAGGACCCCAUGGCCGUGGCAGCCACGUCGAUGCCCACCUCCCCUUCGUCAAGUGGGCGCUAUCAGGGGCUCGGCCACACCACGGCACCCCACUCUAUCUCCGCUCCUGCUGGGUUCACGUCCUCGUCUUGGGAUGAAGACAGCGAAGGUUCCCCUCCACAGGCGGGUGGAGCCCAAUAACAACAGGGAUGUACAGCAAAGAGGAGAGAAAGAGACUCUCAGCCUGUAUUCAAAUCUAAAACAAACUAUAAACAUGAACUCUUCUGAACUUUCUGCACUUACGUUUAAAAAAACCCGAGGCCAAGCAUACGAGCAUACUGUAACGUUAAAGCCAUGUUUGUUGGAAAUCUUUGGUAUUUAAAAAUAACUACUCAGAUUUCAAUGUCUGAAUAUGUAUUUUGAUGUCAAAUGAUGUAAUUUUGAUAAAUGUAUCUGUCGCGUGUGAAGGAAAAGGAUUGGAGAGUUUUCAGCAGGUUAUUCGAGCUAGCUUUGACUAUUUCUUCUAACUUAUUAUACAUAAAUAAACAGACUGUGCUAUGAGCAAUCACAA